AUGGGGACUAAAAAACCUGAAAAAUUAUUUUAUGACAAUGUCAAUUUUAGUGAUCCUAAAAUUUUAAAGCAGGCGCCUUUUAGGUUUCGUCGAUGUCCUAUAAUCGUAACGUUAGCUGAUUCACAAAUCACGACAGUCGAUGUGGAGAAGAUGCUAGAAGCUGGCAUGAAUAUAGCCAAAUUUAAAAUGUCAAGCAGUACUAUGGGAGAUAAAAUAAGACUACUGGGGAAAAUCGACAAAGCAGCAAGAGAGUGUUGCAAAAAAUAUAAUCUUACAGACUGGCCAAUAGCUACUUGUAUAGAGUUGAAGACUUGUAUAGUGAAAACAGGCUUAUUGGAAUCUGAAAGUGAAUUCAUUUCACUGCAGAAAAACUCUGAAAUUAUUUUGACACAAAACGUUUCGUACUUUAACAAAUGCAAUGCUGAGAGGAUUUUUGUUGAUAAUCCUUUUUUGGUGGUCGAUGUGAAGGCCGGAACGGAAAUAUCGUUAGCAGCUGAUGAAAUUGUUUUAAAAUGCACUGGUGUAAUUGAUGAUAAGUCAAUUAAAUGCGUUGUCGCGAAAGGCGGCAAACUAACAAGCCUUUGUAGCGUGUGCACUAGGAACAUAAAACAUUCAAGACCACUGAUAACAAAGAAAGAUAUAGAAAUCAUUAAAUUUGCUUUAGAAUAUCAAAUUGAUACUAUAAUAAUAAACUACGUUCGUCAUCCAAAUACAAUUUUAAGAAUAAAACAAUUUGUUAAGUCAAUGAAAAUAAAAAGACCAUUUUUAUUAUGCGGCAUAUGUACUGAAGAAGGCCUUGAAAAUAUUGAUGAUAUAAUAAAGGAAACAGAUGGGUUGAUAUUAUCUAGAGAAUAUUUACCUUUUGAAAUAGAUGUAUCAAAACAAUACCGAAUGACUCAAAUUCAAAAAAGUAUUGUAGGCAAAUGUUUACAGGCAGGCAAGCCAUUGUAUAUAUCUGGCGGUGUCUUUGAUAAUGCUCUAAAAACUGGUAAUUUCAUCGACUGUGAAAUAUCAGAUGUGACGAACGCUGUGUUGGAGGGAGUCAGCGGCUUCAUUUUAAAAGAUUGUUACGAUACAGAUCUCAUAGUAGAAGUUUUAAAAGGGAUGAACGAGCUGUGCUAUACUAUUGAACCAUUGACAUUAAGCAAGACAAACUUCUCUAGAAUAAUCAAUGAGAUUAAAAUGCCAGUCAACGCUGCGGAGGCCGCUGCUAUGUCUUGUGUUACUAUUGCUAAUCACACAAACGCCCGGGUGAUUAUAAUACCGACGGUUAGCGGCAAAACGAUCAGAUUCUUGCAUUGGCUGAGGCCGUCCUGUCUGAUAAUCACGAUUAAUACUGACGUACGCGUGAUGCGAUAUCUUCGAAUCUACAGAAGCAUAAUGCCACUUAUGUACAAUGGGGAACAACAUAACAAUUGGGACAAGAAUAUAUCAGCGCGUAUCUUCUCAGGCGUGGAAUAUGCAGUCAAGAGAAGAUGGCUUUUGUAUGGGGAUACAUACAUAACCCUUCAACGAGGAUCCGAGUUCAGCUCCUUUUGUGAUUCCGUCAGAAUUUGGAAAGUCAGCAUUACCAACAAACCUACAGUAGAAUGUCCUGAUGGUGAUGAAAAUCCUUUCCACUCUGAGUUGUAUUUAGAAUAA